AUGUCGUACAACCACUACCUUCCGCAGAAGGUCGAUCUCACCCCCAAGCGCCAUCAUGGUUUCCAGGUCGUCCUUUUCUUCCUAGGAUGGCUCCUGCCGCCUCUUGUUGCGGCACAGCUUGCCGGAGCGUUCGACCACGCCGGCUCUUGCCGCGCCACCCUGUGCGGCAGCCCUCUCAUACCGACAAGGCUCAGCGGGGCACUUUUCCGAUCACACAGAGCUUCAAUACUGACAGCGCCAGCCGUCGCCGUGCGUUUCGGAAUCGGGAGGGACUUCUUCAUCAACAUCAUCUUGACGCUGUGUGGCUACAUCCCCGGACACGGUCACAACUUCUACAUCCAGAACAUCCGUAACAACUCGAACAAGGCGCGCACGCCCAAGUGGGCUAUCCGUUACGGCCUUGUGAACAACGCCGAGCGGGAGCGCAAGGCGCGCAAGAGCCAGUGGGCGAAGCGCUACGACGAGCGGCUCCCGGAGUCUACGUUCGUCGGGCAGGAGCUCGCCGAGGGCGAGGAGGGCCCGAACUAUGUCCCGACUGUUCCUGGCCAGCAGAAGCGCCGUCCUUCUGAGGGUCUCUGGGACCGCGAGGACGAGAUCUACUACAACGAGGGCGCCGAACCAGAGCAACUGGCACUACCCCAUGAACUUCGAGGGCACCGUUGGCGACGGCCGCAGCCGCCGCAACCGCCUGAACCGGACUGCCUCUCGCGGCAGCGACCGCUGGGAGCGCACGCGGACCGCGCGUGCAGACACCGCCUCGUCCCUCCCAAGGCUGCCACGGACGAUGAUGUGCCCGUCUGGGGCAAGGACUAUGGCCGUCAGCGCCGAUCAUCGCGCGGCAGCGGAGGCAGUGGCGGCAAUGGUGGUCGCAAGAACGACCCCGACGCCGUCUUCAACCACGAGUUCUAA